UCACAGGCAGGAAAGGGGCGGCUCUUCACUCACCUCGGGUGGGUCGGAGGAAAAUACAGUUAGCCCUCUCUCGCUCUCUUAUCUAAACUUCACUCGUUGUGUGCGGAAAACAAAAUGGCAUUGAGAGCUGCGUUCAGAAACCGGCGCGGCGUGUCAGGCCUUCUCUCCCAGCUGUCCUCUUGCAGCAGUCAUGUCCGAGUGUGUGUGUCUCCCGUCCUCGUCGCUCAGCAGAGGAGCAACUCCACGUCGCCCAAGCUCAAAGUGGAUUUCGACCAAAGCUCGGGUGUGGCGGUGAUGCACAUGCAGAGUCCUCCUGUCAACAGCCUGAGUUUAGAUUUCCUCACGGAGUUCUGCAUCGGUGUGGAGAAGCUGGAGAUGGAUAAGAGCUGCCGAGGCCUCAUCAUCACCUCGAGCCAGCCCAAGGUUUUCUCAGCCGGGUUGGACAUCAUGGAGAUGUACGGGAAGAGUCCCGAGCGCUGUGGAGAGUUCUGGAAAGGUGUCCAGGAGAUGUGGCUGAAACUCUACAACUCCAACAUGGUCAUCAUCGCUGCGAUCAAUGGCUCCAGUCCUGCAGGUGGCUGUCUGAUGUCUUUGACAUGUGACUACAGGAUAAUGGCAGACAACCCCCGUUACAGCAUCGGCCUUAAUGAGACGCAGCUCGGCAUCGUAGCGCCUUUUUGGUUUAAGGACACAAUGGUAAACACGGUGGGACACCGAGCCACAGAGAUCGCUCUGGAGCUGGGGUUGCUCUACAGCCCGUCGGAGGCCCUCAAGGUCGGGCUGGUGGACCUGCUGGUUCCUGAAGACCAGGUUCUCACCACAGCCACACAGACCAUGACCAAGUGGUUGGCUAUUCCAGACCACGCCAGACAGAUCACCAAGUCCAUGAUGAGGAAGCCGACCAUCGACAGGCUGACAUCCAACCGGGAGGCCGACGUUCAGAACUUUGUCAGCUUCAUCACCAAAGACUCCAUUCAGAAGUCGCUGCGCAUGUAUCUAGAGAUGCUUAAAAAGAGGAGAGGCUAGAGGAGAAUGUCACACAUAUGCUGCACAUGUUUGAACCAGACCGAUAUGGAUACGAUACAGAUAUUGGGGAGUUACAUUCCCAUGCUGAUAUAUUGGCCGAUAGCAGCCUUAUGCUCUGUCUGACGUUGUCAUGUUCUCACUCUCUGUAAAAAAAAAAAAGAUUUUAAAUACUGUAUGCAGAUGAUACAGUGCUAAAAUACAGAGGCUCCAGCUGCAAGUCUCACCUGCUCCUCAUCCAGAGCAGCAGUGGCCAUGAUGAUCAUUUGAGUGUAGAAGUACAUUAUUCUGCUGUUAUGGUACAGUAUUAUAGUUAGACAUGAGCGACCCUCUGAGGUAUCAGGUACCUCAAUACAGCCCCGUGAGCUCUUGGAUAGUCAGUGUUUGGAGGAGGGGUUUUAGUAGAUGGUUGAUUAUUGUCACAGACAGGUCUUCACUAUUUAAGGUGCCUAACCUUAGUUCUUUCGAGCGCCAUGACAACUGAUGAUGAACCUUUGAAUAGCCCACAGUGGGCGGAGCCUCUGUCAUCUCUUCACAGAUUUUUCUUCACUCAAGUUUUCCUUAUGCUAUUUGUGAAUAAAUUCAUUCGGUCAAUGAUUGAAUGAUCUGAUUAAA